AUGCCUGGAACUCUUAUGAAAAAUCACCUGAAACUGAUUAAGAUAUGUAGCUUCAUGAUACUCAGAGGAAAAAAACUAUGGAUCCUGAUUACUCCUGACCAAAGAAAUUACAACUCUGUUAUUGAAACAAAGAGAACUAACUCAUCCUUAGAAUUUAAAAAUAAUAAGAUAGGAGAAGCAGCGGACACAUUAGUUUUGCCUACUAUAAUGAACAAUAUUUAAAGCAAUUAGGCUGAGCUAGCUAGAAAAGAUAGUGAUUAUAACUUCAAUGUGAAAGUUAAAAGAAAGAGAUUUAAGAUAUCUGAUUAACUUAAACCUGCUUAUGAGAAAAAGUAUGUUUAAUUAGAGCUACCACCAGAUUUGAAUAAAAAGCUAGACGAGGAUAACAAAAGAUAAAGAAAUUAUAAUAUGAAUUCAAGGAGCUAGCAAAUGAUUGGCAGUCUUAAAAUAUAGUUUGACAAACAGAAUUAGAUAUAUGAUGGUAUCAAUAAGAGAUAUGCUGAUUAGGUAUAUCAUUACCCGACAAUAGCUUAAGAUAUAUUACCAGAGAGAUUAGUUCCUGGUAGAAUAAAUUCACAAUCUAUAGAAUAGGAUAACUUCAACUUUCUAGUAAAAAAACAUUAGACUAUCUCGAAUGUCUUACAAUCAGUCUAACAAUCUCCUAAUCAAUCAAUCGUAAGAAAUGAAGUGAAUCAAAAUAUAAUUGGCAAAACAUAUUUAAGAUAAAUGGAACAUGAGACAAAAAGAUUGUAAAAUGCUGAAAAGAUGGCUGAUGCUACAGAAAGAGAACAUGCAUCAUUUCCUGACAUUUAGCCAAUAAAUAUCAAUCCUGAAGAACAGUAGCAAAUUCUAAGAUUGUUUAACAGUAGAAAUAGGUAGAGAUAUCUAGAGAGGGUUAAGCAUUUAAAGGAUAGAAAGUACAAUGACUUUUGGCUGGAAUAUAACAUUGGCUAAGGUAGACCAAAGAAUCAUGAGAAUGCUUAGGCCAAGAGAUAGAAGUUAAGAAUAGCACAGAAAUAAUCAUUAUAAUCUCCAUCUAAUCAAAACUUUUAGCUUUUGGGUUUUAAAAUUGAUAAGUUUAAAAAUGGCUCAACCUCAAAGAAGUAUUAUAUUAUUAAUUUAUAUUAUCUAGUUCUUCAACCAAUUAAGUAUGACUAGGUGGUAAAUACUCAAGAUAAGGAUAGAGAAAUAUAGCAAUUGAGAAAAACUCUCAUAGAAUAAAAAAAGCAAGAAAAAAAUUUAGAUUCAAUUAAGAUUCAGAUAGCUGAGAUCUAAGAAAAAUACACAUAGGAGUACAAGUUACAGCAAAAAGUUUAAUCUUAAAGAGCUGAAGAGCUACUUAAAUAAUAUGAUGAGAUUACCAGAUAAAAACUUUAUCGUGAUUAAGCUAAGGAUCUGAUGUCAAGAUGGUAAUUCAAGCAGACUUGUUUAAUUUUGAUUGUAGUGAGGUGUGACAAAGAUGGGGAGGUAGGGGAUGAUUAUAGGAUGGCAGAAAGAUUAAGAGAUGAGAUAAGGAAAAUAAAAUAGGAUAGAACUUUGAUGUUUAAGGAAAUGAGUCAGUUAAAAAUUGAAAUCUAGGAGGGAGACUCCUCUUAUAAGUUUACUAAGUAGAAACUGGAUAAAAAUGAGGCUCAGCUUUAGAAGGUCAGAGCAAAGGUGCUUAAAUUAGAGGAUAGAAUUCUAGAUAGGGAAAAUCUGAAAGUCUAAUCUCAAGCAGUGUUGGAUAAGUUAGUUGAUUAAGUGAAGAAAUACAAGAAAAAAGUAAGAUUCUUAAGAAGUCAGAACAAUGACUUCGAUGGCAGAUCUCAUGAUAACAAUAUUGAUAUCGAGGCAAUCAGAAAAGAAUGUCUCCUAGUUACAUAAUAGCACUUAGAGCUCAACUAAAAGGUUGACUACUUUCAGAAGGUAAACAGGGAGUAGAUUCAAUUUCUGGAUAAUGCAGGACUGGAAAUAUAAAAGUGCAAAGAUAAUCUUGCUGAAUAAGAGCGAUAGAUCGACAAAAAUAUGGCUUUGAUAAGCAGUCUGAAAGAGAAGCAGCAGUUAAUGUUUGAGGAGAACUUGCUGCUAAAUCAAGAAAUGGAAACAAUCAUCUGGAGAGAUGAGCAACUUAAGAGUUACUUAGAUAAAAAAUCGGAGGUUCAAAGCAUAAAGCGAUAGAAUAGAGAGGACUUACAGAGAAGUCUAAGGACUAUUGAAGAAAAUAGGUCGAAGUUUAAGACUCCUAGAAAUCAUCUUUGA